GGUCCCUCCCUUCCUCUCUCCCUCCUUCCCUCUCCGCGCCUCGGCCCGCGGAGCUGCGCGGCCGGCGCGGGCAGAUGGCCGGGUGCGUGUCCAGGGUGGAGCUGUCGGUGUCCUGCCGGAGCCUCCUCGACAAGGACCUGGGCUCCAAGUCGGAUCCUCUCUGCGUGCUGCUGCAGGACACGGGCGGCGGGCAGUGGGCUGAGCUGGAUCGCACGGAGAGGAUCAAGAACUGCCAAGACCCUGAAUUCUGCAAGAAACUGGUUGUGGACUACUACUUUGAGAAAGUGCAGAAGCUGAAAUUCGGCAUAUAUGAUAUUGAUAACAAGUCCUUUGAUUUAAGUGAUGAUGACUACCUGGGAGGGAUCGAGUGCACACUGGGACAGGUUGUGUCCAGCUCAGUGUUCACCCGACCUCUAGAACUGAAGCAGGGGAAGCCAGCAGGAAAAGGCACCAUCACGAUUUCUGCAGAAGAGAUUAAAGAUACCAGGGUUGUAUACUUAGAAGUUGAAGCUCAAAACUUGGACAAAAAGGAUUUCCUAGGUAAAUCAGAUCCAUUUUUGGAGUUUCACAAGCAGAGUGAUGCUGGAACGUGGCAGCUGGUGUACAGGUCAGAGGUGAUUAAGAACAACUUAAACCCAUGCUGGAGGAAGUUCAGUGUUCCCUUACAGACCUUCUGUGGUGGAGAUUUUAAUAAACCAAUCAAGGUGCAGUGUGCAGAUCACGACAGUGAUGGAUCUCACGACUUGAUUGGCACUUUUGAGACCAAUCUGACUCAGCUGCAGGGAGCAGGGGAUGGCACUCAGGUGGAAUUUGAAUGCAUUCAUCCUGAAAAAAAACAAAAGAAAAAGAGCUACAAGAACUCUGGCAUAAUUAGGAUAAAAUCCUGCAAGAUAGAGACAGAAUAUUCCUUCCUGGACUAUGUCAUGGGGGGCUGCCAGAUCAACUUCACGGUGGGUGUAGACUUCACUGGCUCCAACGGAGACCCCAGGUCACCAGAUUCUCUUCACUACAUCAGCCCUGAUGGGAUAAAUGAAUACCUGGUUGCCAUCUGGAGUGUGGGAAGUGUGGUCCAGGAUUAUGACACGGACAAGCUGUUUCCUGCAUUUGGGUUUGGAGCUCAGGUUCCUCCUAGCUGGCAGGUGUCUCAUGAGUUUCCUUUGAACUUCAACCCCAGCAACCCUUAUUGUCAAGGGAUCCAAGGAAUAGUGGAUGCCUACCGCCAGAUCCUGCCUCAGAUCCGACUCUAUGGGCCAACCAACUUCUCUCCCAUUAUAAACCACGUGGCAAGGUUUGCAGCACACUCUGCACACCAGGGAACAGCUUCACAAUAUUUUAUCCUGCUGAUCAUCACAGAUGGAGAGAUCACUGAUCUUGACCAAACCAGGCAAGCCAUUGUUGAUGCCUCCAAGCUGCCAAUGUCCAUCAUUAUUGUUGGGGUUGGUGAAGCUGAUUUCAAAGCCAUGGAGUUCCUGGAUGGGGACAGUGGUGUCCUCAGGUCUGUGACCGGGGAAGCGGCCGCGCGGGACAUUGUGCAGUUUGUGCCCUUCCGACACUUCAGAAGUGCUCCUCGGGAGGCUCUUGCCCAGGUGGUUCUGGCUGAGGUGCCAAAGCAGCUGGUGUCAUACUACAGAUGGCAGGGGUGGCCCCCACUGAAACCCCCCGAGGUAAAGCAGGUGUAGGGUGACCAUCCGGGGCUGCCAGCACCCACCCUGCACACUCUGGGUGCUCAGAGCCUCGGGCUGGACCACCCACACCAAUCACACACUUGUGCUCUGUCUUUCAUCUUUUACCUGCUCCUAACUGGAAGUGUAAAUACAGAACACCCACAACUGCUGGCAGUUUUUGUCACAGGAAAUUAAGAGUUUGUUAGUUUUCCACCUUGCAACAGUGACACAUCACACCAUCCAUCCCUGCUUGGUCUGGACAUGUGCACCCAGCAGCUUCACUGCCCAGUUUGGGAGCAGUUUGCUGUAAGGACACUUCUCACCUGCUCCUUGGUGGGUGUUUUUCCUUCUAUGAAGCUGCCUUGGGAACAGGGGCCCUUCUCUGCUGGUUGGUACCAAAGUCUGUUGGUUGGGUGCCUGAGGCAGUUCCUGUUGUGCCUUUGUAAAGUGCCAGUAUAUUUUUAUAUGUGGAGGUUUAUUUUUUACAUUUCAGUGAUCAUGUGCUGCAAUCUUUUUUUAAAUCACGUUUUCUACUACCAAAAAUUGCUUCUGUGAUGGCUUCUUGCUUGGAGCCAUUGUUGCAAUUUAAGAACACUGCACUUUGCUUAUUUAGGAGAGGGGAUUAAUGAGGGUUAACCAUUAAUUAUUGGGGGUGGGAUUAGUGAGUCACAGUAACAUGAUUUUCAAAAUCCAGCAACUAGAAACAUGGAAAUAAAGAUUUUUCAAGUGGUUUCUUUGUGUCACAGAAGUUGACAAAGUUACAGAAAGAAGUGAGUGAACUCCAAAAAGGUGCUUCCUGCUCAGAAGUGUGUGGUGUGGUCUGGGGACUGGGGAGCAGGCACCUGCUGGCAAAGCACCAUUGUUUGGAGAGAUGGGAGUUGAUAAUUAAUUUCAAAAUAGAGGUAAAGCAGCUCAGGCUUGUCAUUGCACAAUAAGUGGUCAUGCUUUUGGUUUCAUAAUUAAAUAAACUGCUUUGAUUUAUAUAAC